AAUCGACUUUUACUGCCAAGUGUCUCAACAUUUUUGUCGCACGUUGUAGCUUGGAACUGAAGCUACGGUUGGGAGUAUUUUCAAAUGCAAAUGAAAUUACCAAAUGAAAUCUUGAUUCUUGAAUCUAAAUACGGAUUUUGCCUUACUUCUACUUCAUCCUGCAAUGCAAUGGUGUAUUAGUAAAGUGGAAACAAAAAUGUGUAUUGAAACAAUAAAUAAAACCGUACAAUACAAAUAAAAUAGGGAGCAAAGGAGCGAGGAGAGAAAGCGAGCGAAAUGGGCGAGUACAACGAGUCAACGAACGCAAGGAUGAUUGGACCAGACGAUACGCCCCAAGUAAACCCUGCAAAUGAAAGCGAGGCCAGGCCGGGACGUGGCCUGGACGCUACUCCAAUUAUUAAAGGCCAAUCGAACUUGACACGAAAUCAUAUCCUAUGACGACCCACCUCAGUAUCGCUGAACGAAACGAACCUUUUCAAUUAGGAACAAGUUGAGGGAGUGGCGAAGUGACGAAGGGUUUACUAGACUGGAUUACGCUCUGAUUUUGCCGGACUCCUCAAGUAGUAACGGAGACUUACAAAGGUGAAGUUGGAUGUCGUUCGGAUUCUUACAUCUCUUGUUUACAUUAAGGUGAUCAGUGACAUGAACAACGCAGGCGAAGUUAUAGCAGUCAUCUCAAUCGGCUUACUUGUUGCAAGCUUCCUUCUCAACACCAGUCGAUAUAUAACAGCCAUCGAAUUGUGUAAGGAAUGCUUGUUCAUUCUGAAAGACAGAGCAGCCAUAACAGCCGACAAACUCAGCAAAUCAUUCUACAAGGGGAUAUAUUUUACAAUGUGGAAGGCUUGUAGUCUUAUCAGCGAUAACACAAACGCCAUAAAAUACGCAGAAAAACUUCUCCAAAUUUACCAUGAAAAUGGUGAGAGACUUGAAGAAUGUGAGCUAAGCUUAAAACUUGCAGUAAUGUAUUGCCAUCAAGGUAAAUACCCGGAAGCAAUACAACUCUCUGAAAAAGCGCUGCUGAUCAGUAGAGAAAUUGGAGACAGAAAAAGAGAAGCUGACUGUCACGUAAACCUGGGAGCCGUGUAUCAAUCAGUUGGCGAAUAUAAGCAGGCUAAAGGACAUCUCGAGAAAUCACUUUCGAUUCACAAAGAAAUUACACUCAGAAACGCAGAUGCUUCCUCGUACUUAAACCUUGGAGCUGUAUGUCGAUCAGUUGGCGAAUAUGAGCAGGCUAUAGAACAUCUGGAGAAAUCACUUGCGAUCUACAAAGUAAUUGGAGACAGAAAUGGAGAGGCUGCCUCUUACGCAAACCUUGGAAAUGUGUAUCAAUCAUUUGGCGAAUAUGAGAAGGCUAGAGAACAUCUCGAGAAAUCACUUGUGAUCAGCAAACAAAUUAGAUAUAGAAUAGGAGAAGCUGCCUCUUACUUCAACCUUGGAUCUGUGUAUGAAUCAGUUGGCAAUUAUGAGAAGGCUAGUAAACAUCUGGAGAAGUCACUUGUGAUCUACAAAGAAAUUGGAUCCCGAAAAGAAGAGGCUAACUGUUACGGAAGGCUUGGACAGGUGUAUCGAUCAGUUGGCGAAUAUGAGAAGGCCAGAGAACACCUCGAGAAAUCACUUGCGAUCAGCAAAGAAAUUGGAAUCAGAAAAGGAGAAGCUGCCUCUUACGGAAGUCUAGGAAUGGUGUAUCGAUCAGUUGGCGAAUAUGAAAAGGCUAGAGAAAAUCUCGAGAAAUCACUUGUGAUCCUGAAAGAAAUUGGAGACAAAGAGGGAGAAGUGAGAGGUUAUAUAACUCUUGGAAAUGUGUAUGCAUCGGUUGGCGAAUAUGAAAAGUCUUCAGCCUUCUGGCAAAAAUCAUUGGCCAUCAGUAAAAAGAUUGGCAACAGAUUUACCCUAGCUGUGUCUUACCAAGCGCUGGGAGUUAAAUUUUUCUUUCUUGGAAAGUAUAACAAAGCUAACGAAUAUAAUCAGAAAGCUCUUAUCAUCUUUACAGACAUUGGACACAGAGAAGGCACGGCUAGAUCGUACCUCUUCCAAGGAGUUGUGGAGCAGGCUGUUGGUAACUUUGUUAAGGCCAAGGAAUAUUUUGAAAAAGCACUUGCGAUAAGCAAAGAAAUUGGAAAUGGGGAUAUAAAAACAGGGGGUUACUUAGAACUUGGAGGUCUGCUUGUUGAACUGGCUGAAUAUGACAAAGGAGAAGAAUAUAUAAAGAAAGCACUUGAAUUAAGUGAAGCAGUUGGAGAUAUUGAUGGACAGUUCCUUUCGCUCGAAACGAUGGCGUACCUUAGAUUGAAAGAAGGAGAAAUUCAGGAAGCUAUCUUAUAUUUUCUUUCUGCUAUUGAAAAAAGCGAGCAAGUGCGCGGCUCUCUCCGCGACAACGAUCAAUUUAAGAUUUCCUUCUCGGAUCGCAAUAUACGCUCCUACAGAGAUCUCAGUGCGUUGCUUUGUGAAACCGGAAAUCCUACUGAAGCUUUGUAUGUGUCAGAACUUUCGAAUGCCAGGGCUUUGGCAGAUUUAAUGUCAGCUCAGUACUCUGUGGAGAAUCAAAUCCCAGCUAAUCCUCGAACAUGGGCUGGUAUUGAGGGCAUCCUGGGCAAAGAAUUUAACCGCACCUGUCUGUACGUCUCAUAUCAUUUUGAGAGUAUAUAUUUGUGGAUUCUUAAAGAAGGCCGAGUCACACAUUUCCGGGAGAUGAAAGGAAAUGAUCUAAUUGCUCACAAAGGAUUAGGUCAACAAGUGGAAGAGUUUUUUGAUUUCAGAAGUUUUGGCGUUUUACCAGAGGAGAUUUGUGAAGACCGAUCUUUACACGGUUUUCAGCCAGAAUCCAAAUCAAGAGAGCAAGUCAGCCAUAAAGGUUGGCGACUUGGAAAGGAAAGUGAAGCUAACCAAGGACCCAAAAUGAACCUUCCUAUCUGUUACAAGCUUAUCAUCGCUCCGCUGGUGAACUUCCUUGAGGGCCCUGAAAUCAUCAUUGUUCCUGAUCGCGCUUUAUACCAAAUUCCAUUUGCUGCGUUAACUGAUGAAAGCGGAAAGUACUUAUCUGAGAGUUUCAGGAUCCGUAUUGUUCCUUCUUUAAGAACUCUCAAGCUCCUUAAUGAAAGUCCAGCAGACUAUCAUUGUCAGACUGGUGCGUUGAUAGUAGGAAACCCUGAUGUUGGUGAAGUGCAUUUCAGAGGAAAACUCACGAACAUUUCGAGACUACAAUGUGCAGAAAACGAAGCUAAGAGGAUAGCAAAAAAGCUGGGUGUCGAGCCUUUGUUAGGACAGCAAGCGACUAAGAAAGCAGUACUUCAAGCGAUGAAUUCAGUGGCCCUGAUUCAUAUCGCCGCACACGGUGAUGCUGAAAGAGGAGCAAUUGCCCUUGCACCAUCGUUUCGUAUUCCUAACGGGAUACCUCAAGAAGGACUGUACUUAUUGACAAUGUCUGACAUUUCAAAAGUUCAACUGCGAGCUAAACUGGUAGUCCUUAGCUGUUGCCACAGUGCUCGUGGACAGACAAAAGCUGAGGGAGCUGUUGGAAUUGCCCGAGCAUUCUUAGGAUCUGGCGCACGCUCAGUGUUGGUGGCACUGUGGGCCCUGGAUGACAAAUCAACAGCGCAGUUGAUGACUCAUUUCUACGAUCACCUUGUUGCUGGGAAAAGUGCUGGUGAAUCUCUGCACGAGGCCAUGAAGUGGAUGAGAAGUGGGGGCUGUGACGUCAACCAGUGGGCACCUUUUAUACUGAUUGGAGAUGACGUGACAUUUGAUUUUGGAAAGAAAGGUGUUGGAAAGAAUGACCAGGAUGGCAGCGAGGGAUCGCCUGAGAUGUACAAUAUACCAUGACCUCAAUGGACAGUUUUACUGCUAGUGCUAAGUUGUAUAUAAAUUAAAUGAACCUUUAACUUUCUGUCAUUUCCUGUCUAACGAUGCCUCGGUAGAAAUAUUAAGCGCAAAGCGUUUAACUUUUGUCAAAGACGCAUUUACUUGUUAUAACAUACGCCAUUGUUUUUCUUGUAAUUAUA